AGAAGUGAACGGCCAGGUGAGGGCUACCGCACCAACACCAGGACAAAGGUGUAACAGGAUACAGUGCGCCUGUUGGGAGCUGAGGAGUUUUUAAUAGUAAUCCGCGUCUAAAGCCUAAAAGCAACAGUUUUAACAAUGGUUCUGACGCAGGAAUCCAUCCUGUCUUUCCUUAUAGCGGAGGGGGGCAGAGUGAAGAAGUCCGACUUGGUGGGUAAGUUUAAAGGUUCUGUAGACUGCGGUGACCCGGCGGAGAGAGAGCGGAACAGGGAGCUUUUCAAGACUUUCGUCAACAACGUCGCGUUCGUCAGAGAAAUCGACGGUGUCCGGUAUGUUGUCAUCAAGAAAAUGUAUCAGCACUUGCUGGAGAGUGCGGAGAGCCGCGAGGAAAAGACUCAGCAGACGGGUGAGCAGCAGCGCCCACCUGCGCGGUGCGAGGAGACUGAGACCUCUGUGGAUUCAGGAGGAGGGGGGUCAGCUGCCUACCAACCUGAUCAAGAACAUGCAAAGGAAAGUGGUGAGAAUCCUGCGGAAUUACUGUCUCCUAUACAGCUGGCACUGCAGAGGAGCAAAUAUAGUAUUAGAGUUAAAAGGACCCUGAAUUUUGAGAUCCAGAAGCAGGACUCAAAUGGAGGUGACUGCCCAAGAAGGGGUGCCAUAAAUGAGGCCAGCACCACCCAGAGCAAACCUUAUGCUUUGCCCCUGAGAAUGCCACCCAGUGCCACCAUGGUGGAGAUCCGCAAACUGAAGACGGACCCUGAUGAUGCUCCUGAGAGUCCAAAACUGGAGGCCUCCAGGAACAAGAGGAGACCCCCUUCAGUGGAGGCAGGAAGCAGCGGCAGCAUCAGCUCACCCCAGCUGAGGAGGGCAGCGGCGAAGAGUACCAAGGCAUCAGAAGAGCACAAAGACACAAGGAUUCCCUCAGUGGUUCCCCUGGAGCAGUCAGAACAUGAAUGGCUGGUCAAGUGCGCCGCUGGCCACUGGAGCCAGGUUUAUGGCCUGCUGCUGAGAGACAGCCAGCUGGCCGAGAAGAGGGACUUCAUGUCAGGGUUCACCGCUCUGCACUGGGCAGCCAAGUGUGGGAACAGUGAAAUGCUUGUGAAGAUCAUUGACCUGUCGAGGCAGGGAGGGGUCGACGUCGACAUCAAUGCCAAAGCACACGGCGGGUACACUCCCUUGCACAUCGCCGCCCUGCACGACCAGCAGUACAUCAUGACCAUGCUGGUGAAGGAAUUCGGGGCCGACGUGAGCAUCAGGGACAACUGCGGGAAGAAGGCCUACCACUAUCUGCACAAAGGCAUUACAGAGACCAUGAGGGAGAUGCUGGGCGAGCCCAAAGCCAGACAGGCCGGGAACAGGGCCCUGAACGAGAAAGAUGAGCUGGACCUGUUCCCGGAUCUCUCCAAGGGACUGUAUUCAAUAAGCCGUCUCUUCCAGCCGCACAUGACGGGCCACAAGAAGAAGCACAAGCAGAGGCCGGGAUUUUAUUCCCUGAGUGAGGACCCCAGCGAGGAGAGGGAGGACAGCAGCAGCAGCCCUGGCCUCAGACAUAGAGUUGUAUCAGAUGUUUUUAUGUAAAGGGUGAACUCUUUCUUGACUUAUUUUCAUGAGGGAACAGUGUGAAAAUGGAACAAGAACCUGACAGUCCUCUGAUUGUUGGGGCCUUCUUCAGCAAUGACCCAAACUGAAAAAUAAUCAAUGACUCCUUUUUUUGUGUUUAUGUUAUUUUCUGGUUCAUUGGUUGUGUGGUGAGUAACACAGAUGCACCAUCUUGUUGAUGAUGCCACCAGGUGACAGCCUCGUUCACUGGCUUUCUUAGCCUGAAUCUUAGUCUUUUAUGCCACCUGUAUGAGUUGUAUCAUAAGAUUUUGUUUCCUAGUGUGAAUCAAGCAUAACUGAGAAAAUAUUACAUUGUAAUAUGUUCAUUUUAUGGUGAGUUUUUUCCGUUUGUAUUCAUCUAAAUUAAGAGUUUUUUAUUACUGUAGCGUUCCAGUUCAGACAAAAAACCUCCACUGUACCAAGCACUUAAACCAACAGUUCGCAGAACAAGUGAUUUUUCUCUUCAAAAUAUCCUCCCUCAGUUUAUUUCUGAUAAAGACUGAAUUAGUACUUACAAGAAAUUCAACCUACAACAAAGACAUUUUGUUACUGAUUAAACAGACAGAUUGAGACUUGACUCGUUCCCCUCUGUGAUUUCAUCUCUGACUAAGAGCUGAACUGAGACUGGUGAAGUGGUCAUGUUCUCAAUUUCCAGAGGCCAAACAUGCACCCAAAAAAAAAAAAAAAAAAAGUGUAGAUGUGCUGACUUGCGGGUGAGUCAAACAUGUAGUGGCAACAAAAUGAAUUAAUAAAUAAGAAUGAAAAUCAGUGUUUGUGCCUCUGAGGAGGAUUUAGAGGACUCUCGCCUCUCGCUUCACUUUAUAACAGAUUAAUAAUUAAACAGUGUGAAGCAUGAAGGGGAAGCAAAGGUCCACUGCAGUGCCCUGAAAACAAACACUGGAUUUAAUUGAAUUACAAUACAUUUUUAUUAGAAAACAUAGAAGGUGUUUUACUCAUAAAGGUGUGUGCAGGUGCGCCAUAAAUCAUUACACUCCCUGUACAUGCCAAAACAUCUCUGAAAUGUGGCUGGGAUCCACCUUCUAGCUUGUUGAGACAGCUGUGAUUCAGUCAGAUAAGCAGCUGUCUGGGGAUGAGCGUGUGUUUGCACGUGUGUGGCUGAAAGUGUGAGCUUAUAUCAUUGCUGGACCCCGGCAGGCUGUGGCAGAGGAAGAAGAGCAGCAUUCAUGUCUAGAACUGAACUUUGCCGUCUUAUUUCCUGUCUGUCCUGAUUCAUUUUCUCCAACAGCUGUGACAAACGGUCCUACUAACUAGGAGUCAUCAAGAUGCAGAGGACGACAUGCUCAGCUGCAGCUUGUUGGAAAAAGAAAAAGAAAAUCAGAGGAAAAGAAGAAGCGGUAUUUAGUAAUGGCAUGUGUCCUGUGGUCAUCUGCCCGUGUCACAUGAUGUCACUUCCCCAGCAGCAUACAUUUGUCUUUACGUCAAGACGAUGUUUCAUCUCCAAGCCUCGGGGUUUUAUUAAGUAAGGGUUCUUUUCUGCUGCUACUGCUGCUGCUGCUGCUGCGAGCAGAGAGGCUAACACAAGGUCAAGAACAAGAGCCAGAGUGGUGGAAAGAAUACGCCAAUCCUUCGGAUAAAAGAGGCAGGAACACCAUAUUACUGUUUCUGUUACUUAUGAAGUAUGAGCAGUAAAUUCCACUAAAGUAGAGAUAUUUGUUUUGAAACUGGUCCAUUUAUGAGUGUUCAUGCAGUAAGCUGUUCACAUACUGUUGGCUUGUUUAAACUGUACAUCCUGUGUUUUCCAUGUGGGAGCUAAUUCUGACUGUAAGCACUAAACUACAGCCACCUUUAAACACCUGUCAAGAAACAUGUUGUAUCUUGUUAAGUUAAGCCACACACAGACAGAAAUAUAAAAGCAGUUAGUGGUUUUACAAAGAGUUACAUGCUGUAACAAUUUCUUGGCCUUUCAUUUUUUUGUAUAUGAAUUAGUAUUUAAUUUGUAAGCUACUGGACAGAGCCAGGCUAGCUAUAUCCCCCUGCUACCAGUCGUUGCGCUAAGCUACACUAACUGGUUGCUAGCCUAGCUGUAGCUUCAUAUUUAGAGUGGUAGCACUCUUCUAACUCUUGAAGAAGGUGAAUGAGUUCAUUUUUCCAAAAUGGGGUAACUAUCCCUUUAAAGGUAAUAUCAUCACUGUCUGUUGAUGCUGAGUAAGAUUUGAUUAAACUUGUCUCCUCCUACUCGAGUACUGGACACAAUCCAGUGUAAAUCUGUAAUGUCUGUAAAGUGAAAUUACUGUAACAAUGCAACACAAAUUAGUCCUGACAGCUUUAUUAUGAUGAAGAAGGAAGUCCCCAUGUACUCCACUCAAGUCCGCACAAACUUCUGAUCUCUGGCCUGUCAUGAAAUACAUGCUCUCUGGCUCCUUUACUGGGUACUUAAGUAUUUCCAAUACAACAAUCUUGCCAUAACAUUUGCCUUUACAGAUCCUAAUAUUCUGUUUUUAGUGACAUUGUUGGAAAUGUGUAAAUUCAAUUAUAUGUUUAUUAUUAAGGUCAUAGUUAAAAGUGUAGUAUGUGUGUAUUUGUAAAUUGUUAUGUCCCUCUCAUUUACAUAGAUGUGGGAGGGCAGAAUAUUAGAAAUGCCUUUGUGCAGCACAAUCCACCACUAACAUUGAUCUCAGUGGUAAAUCAUGACUUAAAUAACACUUAAAUGACAAUGUCAAAAUAACUGAGUAUCAUGAGGUCUGGGACGCAUUUUCACUGUAAACUAUUAUCCUGUGUGUGUGUGUGUGAGUGUGUCAGAUAGUUAUACACAGGCCUUAAAAUAGCUUAAUUAGAGCAGAACUCCAACAGAAACGUCUGCCAAUAGAGCCAAUAAAUCACUGUGGUAUAAAACUG